CAGAUUAGCAAUAUAUGAAGAUCAUUUGGUGGAUUCAGUUUAUGUUUAUUGAGUUAUAUUGAAUUUAUGAAGAUUAAACUUAGAUAUGGCUUCGUCUGAACAAAAAGAUGAAAAAGAGUCGUAUUUUGAUGGUCCCCAUACACCUUCAAGUUCAAACAAUAUCAAUGGUGAUGUCACAAUGGAAGCUGUGAUUGACCCUGAAUCUUACUUGGCUGGAAGUUCCCAUGGAGAGACACAGAACUUAAACCCUUCAAUGUUUUGUAACAAUGCUGACAUGGAGGGUUUAGAUGAGGCUUCCAAUGCUCCUCAUGCUUUACAGGAUAACGAACAAAUUGUGACUGAGAACGACCCUCAUGCACGUGCAGACGACUCGUCAGAUGAUUUUGUUGUUUUAUCUCCAUUAGUGGGCGCUGAAGCACCAAAAGUCCCUGAUUCAUCGAGCCCGUUCACCGUCUACAGCAACGUGGUUCCCCCCAACCCUUACAUGCUACCACAAGCUCCACUAAGCCAUGGGGAACUUAAGAGCGAGACCCCACCCCAUGGAUAUGGAGGUUACAUGAACGUAUCAACCACCAACCAACCCCCAUUACUAUACGAUGCACACGCGGACAUUAUGCACGAACCUCAUCUGUUUCAACCCAACAAUAAUAUGAACCUUGUAUCCACGGACCAUCUACAUAGAAACAAUAUACCUAUCGCAGGCCACUAUGGUGAAAUGCUGCAUUCACAGGGAUCCAUGAAUACAAGCAACGCAUUACGUGGUGGUGGACAUUAUGUAGAGGAUGAACCUUAUGUCCCAGUACCUCCUGUUGAGAUAGGUCUAGGGCCACCCCCUAACAUGAUAAUACCUGAUGUAUUGAAUGAAGGGAGCGUCACCUCGGGUGACCUUGCCCCGCCCCCUUUACCGACCAAUCAGAUUAACAACCUGGAUGUCUCCAAUGAUCCAGAACAUGAUCAACAGAAUGUUGCAAACCAGUUUCAGCAACUAAACAUAAACCCGGACACCCAAGAAGCAGACGAUGCUUCGUCCACGGAUUUAAACCCGGUGGAGAUCAAGGAGAACCAGGUUCAAGAACCAGUCAAGGAUGAAAUAGAGGAAGGUAAUGUUGUUGGGUUACAAGUUGAUAAUAUUGAAGAAAACCUGCCAGAAGCUGAUAGGAUGGUUCAACCACCCCAAGAACCAUUCAACAUUGGUGGUGUUUAUGUGGCAACUAGUGCACCAUCAUUCCUACAACCAGAAGUAGACACCAUUAAUGUACCAGAUACCAAACAACUAAGCGGCCACGCACGUAAUGGUAGCACCGCUUCCUCGGGGUCACAGAAAUCAAUUGAAGUUUUAAAACAACCAUCGAAUCCAAGCAACUCUGAACCAGAAGAUGCAAUAAGAGGGGGACCAACUGCGCACCAGAACCCUAUGGAAAUCAACGCAAUGCACUCAUCGUACGUUAGUUUGGACCCCACCACCCCCCAACUCCCGUCCCACCCACAAGAACCAUCCACCAACCAUUCAUUACACAGCCAGAUGAUGGUUUCAAAAACGAACCAAACCGUUGAUAAAACACCCGAGAAUUACCUUCAACCAUCAACGAGUGCUCCACAACCAUACGCUUGCAAUGAAAUGCAUGCUAGCUCAUCGCAACAGAGCUCUGAGAAACAACCAGCGACCCUAAAACAACUAUCCUACCCCACACCAGUGCAACCAGUUCACCCCCAGCAAAAACCACCACAAAAAAUAGACCAACCUAUAGACCAUCAUCACCAUAAUGAACCAGCAAACCAGACACAGCCAGAACACCAUUACGAACCACCCAACCAACCCCAGAUGGUUCCUAAACAACCAGAACAACCAGUAACUGAACCCCACUACCACCCACAACCCCAUAAUGAACCAUCAUACCAACCCAACCAACCUCACCCACCAAUUGCAGCAACACCUCCAAUUUCUAACCAGUCUCAACCCGUUAGCCACCAUCAAGUUCACAACUAUUCAAGCAAUCCUGCAUACCAACAACAUAGCAGCAGCUUUAACCAGGACCAGCGACCCCACCACGAACCAACCCACCACCAUCAACAACCAUCAACCUACCAACAACCCACAUCUGGUUACUAUAAACACCAUCAACUGGAUUAUGGUUAUUCUACUGGUUCACCAACCAGAAGACAAGGCUAUGACAGAAACCCCCAACGACCCCCUUCUCGAAAUGCUGAUGCCGAGUCAUCAUAUUACGCAUCACAUAAUGACUCAGCAAGAAGCGAAUAUGACGAACGAUAUUAUCAACGCCCAUCAUCGAGGCAAGGUUAUGAUAGAUCAUACAAUGCACAAAGAGAGGGAGGGCAUCACUAUUACGAUUAUGAUAGAAGGAGAAAAAGUCGCGGUUAUUAUGAUUACCAAGGUUAUGGAGACUAUUAUUCCCAACAACAAUAUUAUGACGAUUAUUACAGAAGAAGGGAUUAUCGUGCACAUGAUGAAUAUUAUAGAAGGCAAAGUGGCCAGGGUUACUACCAGCAACCCCAGGAUCGUUACGACCGAGGAUAUUAUCACGAUGAAGAUGACAGGAGGAGUAUUCAUAGUGAACGAUCCGCACAAUACGAUGAUAGGGGUUAUAAUGAUCAGUAUAAUCAGAGUUACGCAUACGAGCAGCAAUAUUAUGGUGACCAAACAAUGAAUGAAUCAACUUAUACAAACACCUACAAUGAGGUUACUUACGAGAAGUACCAGCCGUCCCAGCACGUCAAACCCCAGCAAAGUUCGGCAGCGCACACCCAGUGGUUCGGUUUGGUGCAGGAGGUCAUCUUAUACAUGUGUUACCUCAUCUACCAAGUGAAAACCAACCAGCCACUGUGGAGAUACAUUCUGUUGAGACCUUGUUACAAAACGACAUGCCCACUAAUAAGUUACCAUCUGCGCAGUUGGACGUCCAUUUUUUAUGACAAUAAAGUAUCUGGUACAAUUAUGCUUACGUCCACCGCCUGUGCUACUGCGCCGUAUAUGACACUUCGUUUCUCAAUAUUGCCUUUUAUUUCUAAUAUACCGCGAAAGUACAAUAUAUACGUCAUGACACACUGUUACGUCAUUUUGUAGUUUGUUUAUUAACAUGGCAUAA